ACUCAAGAAAAAAAAUUUUUGUUUACCUACCUGUAAAGUACAACCCAUAUAACAUAUUAUAGACACAUUUAUUAUGUUUUGAGACAUUAAAAAACAGAAAAUUAGCAGGACAUGUAUCUUAAAAGAAGUUCAACAGUGAAGUACUUCGCAGCCGCAAUAAUAGGAUGUUUACUAUAUAGCGAAUGGUUAAUAUAUCCGAUGCAGGCCUGGUAUUGGAGAACCCUGGAGUGCGUCGAAUACGACUCAUCUUGCAUCAAGAUACUGUUCGUAGCAGAUCCUCAGAUACAGGGCGACAUAGCGGUGCCGGCACCUUUUAGCUAUCCAAUUAAUUGGGAUAGUGAUCGUUACCUUAAGUCAACAUUUAGAGUUGUUAUACAGCACUUCAGGCCAGACGUUAUUGUGUACAUGGGUGACCUCAUGGAUGAGGGUUCCAUUUCCACCUUGAAACAAUACCAUAGCUAUGUAAAAAGACUGUCUGAUAUAUUUGAAGUUGAUUAUCCUAUAGUGCAAAUUUGGAUACCAGGUGAUAAUGAUAUAGGUGGUGAGAAUGAACCGAUUAAGAAAGAUAAAAUUGAAGAGUUCAACGAAGUCUAUCAACAACCAGAAACUGUGACAUUCCGGAAUAUAACAUUUUACAAAGCCAAUGGUAUAACGAACAGUUUCCCAAAGAAACUUAAGGGGAAUGGCAAUGAAUACAGGAUUGUGGUCUCACAUUAUCCUAUUACAUACAGACAUGCUUUUGGUCAUGAAGUGAAUAAUGAAAUAAAUCCAGAUAUAUAUUUCUGCGCUCACGAGCACGAGGCAAAAUAUGUCAGACAGAGUCGAAAACUGACCAAUCGAGACUCACACAUGCUAACCUCAGAGAGCGCCGUCCUGAACGUGUCAACCAAAGACGAUCAUUUGUAUGAAAUUUACGUUCCUACGUGUUCAUAUAGGAUGGGCACAGAUCAAAUUGGUUAUGGUGCUGCCAUACUUGAGAACAACAAUCAGAACUUGCGUUACACAGUGUUCUGGUCGUCGCGAAGGUUUCCCUACUUAUUCAUUUAUUUAGUAGCCUUCAUCAUACUGCAGAUCUACUUUGUAAUAUACUGCGCGGCUUGGGUCAGUUACAGGAAGCCAACGAUGAACUGGGCCACUGAUAAAGUGCCAUUAUUGGACAGAGUAUAAUAACAAAACUUUUGAAUAUUCACCACCUACUUAUAGAAUUCGAUUUAUUAUUAGUUUACUCUGAGCAAGCUUUAAGCAAGGUUACUCAUUGAUUUGAGCUUUAAUUGAAUUAAUUAACUUUUGUUUAAAUUAUAUUGUUGUGUUUAAUGAUAACUCUAUAUAUAGUCAAGUUAAUUUCCGUUGUCUAUAGUUAAUUUAUCUUUAUUCGGUGUUAUUCUCGAGAAUUUAAUCCAUACGCAAGUAUGAAAUACGAUGGAGUGCCAAGGUCAUGUGAUAGAUUAUAAAGAAAAGAGACUUUAACGGAAAUCCUUUACUAUAUUUCAUAAGUUCCUCACUGUUGAGAGAUUUUGCGUUGACCGGCUUAUUCAAAUAUGUCGCAAUAUUGUCAGAUCCAAUGAGCGGUUGAGCUGAAACUUCCACCUACCGUUACUAACCUGUCUUAGAUUUCUACCCAUUAUACCAUUUCACAUUAAACAGCAGGUAGAUUUCUAUUUAAACUCGAAACUCAAUAUGAAAUCAACAUUAGUAGUAGGUAUUGAACAAUGCUUAUAUAAUAUGCGGGUAGGUAACGAAAAUGUGAGCUUUGGCAUGACACUUUUUUUUAUUACCGUAUAGGUAGACGAGCAUACGGCCUACCUGAUGAUGAGUGGUUACCGUCGCCCAUGGACUUCAGCAAUGCCAGCGACAGAGCCAAGCUGCUACCUACCACCAUUAAACAAGUAGAUUUUUUUUACUAACAAUAGUCAUGAUAUUGACUUUGGUAAGUUGUUUAAAACACGUAAUGAUGACUAAAAACGUAAAGUAACUAUCGCAAAUAAAUAUAUUGAAUUGCAACGAAAAUAAAUAUGUUUAAGAAAUUUAAGACUAAAGAACUUGCCAGCUGUUAUUUCCUUUCAGAAUUUUACAAAAUGUUUGUGUAAAAAUGAGACUGUUAUAAUAAUGUAAAUAUUUUUUGUUACCCAAAUUUAUUUAUCUACCUUUUGAUAAAUAUUAAUAUUUUAUUUUUAA